CAUCAACCAACAUCCAUCCAUCAGCCACAUCCACCAUCCAUCAACGACCAAACAUCAUCCACCCAUCCAACAGUCACCAUCCAUCCAUCAACCACCAUCUAUCAUCCACUCAUCCACCAUCCAUCCAUCAACUACCAUCUAUCAUCCACCAUCCAUCCAUCAACCACCAUCCAUCCAUCAACCACCAUCCAUCCAUCAACCACCAUCUAUCAUCCACUCAUCCACCAUCCAUCAUCCACCAACUAUCAUCAGCUCAUCCUUCAGCCAUCAACCACCAUCUAUCAUCCAUCAACCACCAUCUUGCAUCCACUCAUUCACCAUCCAUCAGCCAUCAAACACCAUCUAGCAUCCACUCAUCCACCAUCCAUCAGCCAUGAACCACCAUCCAUUAUCUAUUAUCCAUCCAUCAACCACCAUCUAUCAUCCACUCCUCCAUCAACCACCACCUACAUCCAUUCAUUCAUCAACCACCAUCUAUCAUCCAUUCAUCCAUCAACCACCAUCUAUCAUCCACUCAUCCAUCAACCACCAUCUAUCAUCCAUCAUCCAUCAACCACAACCACCAUCCAUCAUCCACUCAUCAAUCAACUACCAUCUAUCAUCCAUCAUCCACCAUCUAUAUUCACUCAUCCAUCAGCAAUCAACCACCAUCUAUCAUCUACUCAUCCAUCGGCCAUCAACCACCAUCUAUCAUCCACUUAUCCAACAGCCAUCAACCACCAUCCAUCCAUCAGCCAUCAAACACCAUCUAUCAUCCACUCAUCCACCAUCCAUCAACAAUCAUCCACUCAUCCAUCAGCCAUUAACCACCAUCUAUCAUCAACUAAUCCAUCAGCCAUCAUCCACCAUGAAUUCAUCCAUCAACCACCAUCUAUCAUCCAUUCCUCCAUCAACCACCAUUCAUUAUCUAUUAUCCAUCCAUCAACCACCAUCUAUCAUCCAUUCAUCCAUCUACCAUCAUCCACUCAUCAAGUCAUCCAUCAACUACCAUCAAUCCAUCAACUACCAUCUAUCAUCCACUCAUCCAUCCAUCAGCCAUCAACCACCAUCCACAAACUAUCAACCACCAUCCAUUCAUCCAUUAACCGCCAUCCAUUAUCUAUUAUCCAUCCAUCAACCACCAUCUAUCAUCCAUUCAUCCAUCAACCACAACCAUCAUCCAUCCAUCAACCACAACCACCAUCCAUCUAUCAGCCAUCAACCACCAUUCAUCCACCAUCUAUAUCCACUCAUCCAUCAGCCAUCAACCACUUAUCCAUCAGCUAUCAACCACCAUCCAUCCAUCAACUACCAUCUAUCAUCCACUCAUACAUCAACUACCAUCCACAAUCCAUCAUCCACCAUCCAUUCAUCCAUCAACCACCAUUCAUUAUCUAUUAUCCAUCCAUCAACCACCAUCAUCCACUGAUCAAUUCAUCCAUUGAUCUAUCAGCCAUCAUCAUGCAUUUAUCCAUCAGCCACCAUCCAUCCAUAAACCACCAUCUAUCAUUCACUCAUCCAUUAGCCAUCUACCACCAUCGAUCAAAAUUUAUCCACUCAUCCAUCAAUCAUCAUCUAUCAUCCAUUUAUCCAUCAAUCCCCAUCCAUCGACCACCAUCUAUCAUCCGCUCAUCCAUAAGCCAUCAACCACCAUUUAUCAUCUAUUCGUCCAUCAACGACUAUCAUCCAUUCGUGCAUCAACCACCAUCUAUCAUCAAUCAUCCACUAAUCCAUUCAUCCAUCAACCACAAUCCAUUGAUUUAUCAACCACAAUCUAUCAUCCAUCAGCCAUCAUCAUCCAUUGAUCUAUCAACCAUCAACCACCAUCUCUCAUCUAUUCAUCCAUCAACCACCAUCUCUCAUCUAUUCAUCCAUCAACCACCAUCUAUCAUCCAUUCAUCCAUCAACCACCAUCUAUCAUCUAUCACCCACUCAUCCAUUGAUCCAUCAACUAUCAACUAUCAUCCCUCAUCCAUUCAACCAUCAUUGAUUCAUCCAUCAUGA